ACAUGUCCUCUCCUGAAAUGUGGGACUUGGUGCACAGCGGAUCUGUGGGUUUCGGAAUAUGACCGUGCAUGCUGGGUGUUCAGAUUGUCUUGCAACGUUAUGGCGUGUAUGGCAAACCACCAGGCGCACUCUUCGCAUCACUAUCGAGUAGUGGUGGUGGGCGGAGGCUUGGCCGGCCUUGCUGCCGCCCGCAUGCUGGCUGAUCAUUACAGUCUCACGGACACUCAAGCCGUGCUAAUUCUGGAGGCCGGCACUUCGCUCGGCGGCAGAAUCAAACAUAUCACCGGUCUUGUACCAUGGCCUGUUGAGGUUGGGCCUGAAUUUAUCCACGGCACCAUGAACUCAUCUUUCAAAGAUAUCGCCGAUCGGAUGAAGUGCCAAAUGCGAGAGCUCCCUUAUCCAGACCGAUACUAUCUGGGAAACGAGCGCCGCAUGCUCUGUAGUGAUGAAGCUGAGAAGCAUGAAGAUAUACAGCAUGCCCACAAAUUAUUCCAAGAAUUAGCUUUCGAAGAUCCAGAUGCUCCUGACAUAUCAAUGGCUGAAUAUCUUCAUCGUCGAGGGACCAAUAAUUCCGUUUAUCAGCUUGCUGAAUCAAUUUAUGCGAAUGAUUUUGGAUGCUCCUUGAAGCAGCUUGGUGUGCGUGAGUGCAUCCAAGAGGCCCAAAAUUGGAUAUACGGGGACACCUAUCUCAUCCUUGACCGCCCUAUGUCUUCUGUCGUUGACUUCAUCGCAAAAGGUCUUCAGGUGCACUUGGACUGGGCCGUACAACGUGUACAGUAUGGGACUCAUGGAGUAAAGUUGCAUAGUUCUGAUGGCCUAAUCGUAACAGCAGAUUAUGCAAUCUUGGCAGUCCCAGUGACUAUUUUGCAACAUGGAGUUAUCACGUUUAACCCCCCUCUGCCUAAAGCCAAGCUGGAUGCAAUUCAGUCUAUUGGCAUGAAUAAUUGUGUCAAGGUAUUGAUGGCUUUUUCAGAUCGUUUCUGGCCGGAAGACAUGUUUGAUGUAGUUUGCACCAACUGCUUUUUACCAGAGAUCUGGAUCACACAAUAUCCAUCAACAUCCAACCACACAGAUGGAAGAGCUCCCUUAGGAAAGUUUAUUGUUGUUGGCUUCAUGGCUGGGGAGGUUGCUGCAGCUGCAUCAAGACUUCCUGAAGCAGAAGUUAUACGCAGAUCAUUGUCGCAACUGGAUGAAAUGUUUGGCCAAGUGUCCCAGAAAGCAGAAUAUGAUCGUAGUGGAUAUUGCCAUGGCAUAAAAGUUGAUCCUUUAAAUGAUAUACCAGAUAGGUCUAAAGAUUUGCACAACUUCCUUACUCGGGAUCACGUGCUGAUUCCUAGGGAAUAUGUUCAAUGUCCCAGGUCAAGGCCUGCAUCUGCUUUUUUUCAAGGGGGAUGUGUGGUGAACUGGGAAAAGGAGUCGUUUGUGAGAGGGGGUUAUACGUAUCCCUCUCUGAACGCACACGGAGCAAGAUUUGCACUAGCAGAGCCUCUUCAGAAGCGUGUGUUUUUUGCUGGGGAAGCUACUCAUCCAGGUGUGAAUCCUUGCAUGCAAGCUGCUAUAGACACAGGCAGACGUGCAGCAAGCGAGAUUUUAAGCCUUGAUGUUUCCGGCCGCUUGUAAGCACUUUGUUUCUUAAUUCAUGAAAUAUGGUUAAGUACUUCAGAGUUUAUCUGCAAGGUGCCUGGACACUUGCGAAGGAUACUUAGAAAAGUGAAGCGCAUCUUUAACUCUAAAUUUGUUAGACAUUGCUUGUGUGUACUUAUCCUGUCAUUCUUCACUACGUAUUCUAUGCUGUACGGGAUUUGUAGUGUUUUGUAAUCAAUCACCAGUUGGUGAUUAGGGGUUGAGACCUGCUUCAAAAAUUUUCUUUUUGUGA